UGCAAUAAAAAAAACUACAAGUGUCUCUUUCUGCAUGAUGACCAGCUGCUCAAAUGCUUUUUGGAACUGAAGAAAGUGCUUUCAUUACGGGACAAAGUUAGCAUGCUAAGUUCCUCAGCAUGCUGUCAGGAAACAGGAGAAAGUAGACAUUCAACACGCAGGAAGCUGCUCCACAUCUAUUCCUGUCCUGGCAGCAAGAAAACAGAAAGUUAUAGUGAGCAUGGUGCAGCUGAGCCACACGUUUCAGAACUACGAUCACAAAGAGACACUUGUAAUUAACAACAGCACAUCGAGGGAAACAUGCAGCUGUAAAGUGUUGAGUUAUAUUUUAUUAACAGUGCCUUGCAGAUGUAUUCAUGUUGUGGUGGUGUGACUAUAAUCUUUAUUAUAUUUGAAUAUAGAAAGUUAUGUGAGAAAUUAGAAGAAGGGAAAAGAUGCAUGGCUGUUAAAAUGAAGAAGCUGAGGUGCAGCUGGGAAUAAAGUUGCAACACUUCUGAGCUGUGCCACAUAUUCUCAUUUGGAUUUAAGGCUGGACUUUGACUAGGCCAUUCUGGCAUAUUGAUAUGCAGAGUUAGGGUGAUUUUUCUGCUGAGCUGUGUACAAGUUUUCUCUGAGGACUAGCAUCCUGCAUGUGGCUCCAUUCAUCUUCCCUUCUCCAGGUGACAUAGAAUAUUUAGUUUUUUUCUGACACGCAUAACAUUUUAUUUAUUUAUUUUUUUUUGCAUUUCAGCCUAAUUUGGUCUCUGAGGAGCUUUUCCUAUGCUUGUAAAGUUCUCUACAUUCCUUGUGUCAAAACUGGAUUUCUUACAAUGAAGGCACUCUUCCACGAAGGUCAGAGGUUAAGUGUGGACGACUAUGCCUUUUGCUGAUUAUGCUCAUUAGUCGAUGAAAUGAGGGAGAGGGAGACGUGCAGGGGAGAAAGGACGAUAACCGUGAAUUCUGUGUGUGUGUGAUUGACAGAAACCGACUGCUGCAACAGCUGCGUAUUAGAGCAGACAGUGCAAAGGUUGCUGCUAUUAAUACACAUAAACCUAGGAGACACUGCAUGUAAUUUACCACAUUCGUUUAAUAUCUUCUUAGCUAAGCUAUCAUCACUGCAUCACAUUAUUUCUCCUUAAUUUGACAUUGUCAGAAAUUGUCACAUCUGUGCUAUGUGACACAUUUAGGUCUCAGGGUGUGUGUAUAUGUCAGACAGAGAAGAUGCUGUGAUGGUUUAUGUUCAGCGGGCAAGGGUCAGCGUCAGAGAACAGCGGGACGGCUACAGUUACGAUUGAAAUAGAAAAGUAUUCUGAAUCUAUAAAAGCAGUAUGCCUGGGAUGAUAACAGAGGUACAAGAUUAACAUGUUGUGCGGAAACAAACAGGAGCAACCACAGAAAAAGCCAAACGUUCACAGGCACUCAGCUGCAGCUGAGGCCAACCACGUUGAGUCAACGGAUGGGGUAAAUUACAUCUGAGUCAGCUCUGAAGAUUGCUGGAGCGAAGACCACCGGGGCCAGGUUUCACAGCGGGCAGAUAUCUGGAGUCUAAGGAAUGCUCAAAGCCAGUUGUCACUUCGUUCACGUUGUGCAGCAGACGCCACGCACACGGAUGCAGGUUCACGGCCAACAACCAGAGACGUCCACUGUUUCCUAUAUGCAACCAGCAGCUUCGGAUUUCCGCAGGAUUGGCCGUCGAGGCAGCGAAGGAUCUGAUCUGGAGUUUUAAAACAGAAGCUCGCUUGGAGAAACGGAUCAAGGGGGGGAGGGAGUUCCUUUCUGCAUCCUUCUGGUCAUGACUUGUUGUCUCUGUUUGCAACAAAGUUUGGGCCUGGACUCAGUGCUGGUGCUGCUUUCAGAUGUUCCUCAACAAGGUGCUGGUGGUCCUGACAGACCUGGCUGCCAGGUUGCUUGGUAACAAGCUGUUCAGGCAGCAUUUCCACCUGCUGCUCUCAGCUGUCCUGGUGUUCGGCCCUGCGCUGAGCCUCUGGGUUUCCCAUCACAGCAUCUUUGCCAGAAGAAGUCACUUCCUCUACAGGUUGUUCCUGCGCUCUGGUUGGGGCUGGACGUGCGUUUUUGUCGGGUCCUUCAUCUUCCUCUUCUCCUUCUCCAUCCGCCGCUCCGUCCUACACUCGCUCCGUCACCUCAGCAGGCUCGCCGUGGCUGGAGGGCUCUGGCUUUGUUUCUGCACACUGCUGGACCUCCUGGAGAACACCACAGGAAGCUGCUAUGAACCUCUGCCCGCUGGUCCAGAGGUCACCGGUGGGCAGCCUCUGCUGGUGCUCAAAGAGGGGGAGAGCAAGUCCGAGUGCCUGAAAGCUGGGUUGGUGUGGCGAGGUUAUGAGGUUUCAGAGGACGUCUUCCUUCUGUGUCUGUGCUGCCUGCUGCUGGCAGAGGAAACGUCAGUGUUUGGUCCGUAUCUGAGGCUUGGGGGCGUCUCAGACGCCCCACUGAGGAUCCUCUUUUUGCUCUGUGUUCUCCUUCUUGGACUGUGGAUCUUCCUGCUGCUCUGUCUCUUAGCCUACUUCCCCCUGUUCCCCACUCAGCUGCUAGGAGGGGCGCUAGGCUGCCUCAGCUGGAGGGGACUGUAUCAGGGCUGGUACCGCAUGGGGCCCAGCUGGUACUGCCCAGGAAGGCCUGGUCAGGGACUGCUCAACAUAAAGACCAGCAGCACUGGGGCAGAAGACACACUAAACCACAAUCACUACAAUUAACCGAUAAAAACAGAUUCAACGCUUUGAGCUUAAACAUUAAAAGUCUUUAAAUCUUCAACAAAAAUUUGCCUGGAAAGUUUCGACAUUUUCUUUCAUUCUCUAUGUGUAAACCUGUCAUUACGUUGCAUUGAUGGUGCUUCAAACAUUUUCCUUACAUAUGUUGCACAACUUAAAUGGGAUAAAUUAUGCAAAAUUUGCAUUUUGCACAUUUUUUGUACUUUCAUUUAGGUCUCAACUGCUUCCAGAUAGAACCCACCAAGACAUGUUUAUGGCAAUAAGUUAAUAUGAUUUGGUGUCUGGAAAAUGAGCCGUUUGAAAAACCUUCCGAUUGUUAAUUCACAUUUAACGGGCACCGGGCUGUUACCUACCAACCCAAGAAGAUCCACCAUGUUUAGUCAGCGGGUUUUACUGUUGAACAAUGGCUGCUGGAAAAGACAAUAUUCUGCCGUCAACUUACCAUCCAGAAACCACUUAUGCAGGAGGAUCCAUUUCUGUUUUUCAAGGAUGAAAGUUUAUACAAUUGCGCAUGUUUGCAGCCAUUUUCAUGUGAGAGUGUAAACAUUGUUUGGGGGGCGUGGUCAGCAGCAGCUUAUUUGGAUAUAAAGUGACAACAGACCCUAAAACAAUUCUGAAAGCAGCUCAAAAUAGACAGAUCGGACUAAAAUCUCAAUAUUAAAGAAUUUGUGCAAAAUGUAAUGGACAUAUCUGAACCUGUUCAAGUAACAGAUUUAUUAAAAAGACAUAAAUAAGUAUUAGAAGAGAAAAAAACCCAUCAUGUAUGUUUGGAUGUCAGUCAAAUAUUUUUGCAUAGUAAUUUUAUAAAAGAAAAAAGCUGAUAAUGUUGGUGACAUGACUUUGCGUUUACUUAAGAUUGUGUGGUUUGGACCCCAUUUAAAAAAAUAACAUCUUCAUAAAAACAAAAAUUAACCACUAUGGUAUUUAAUAGUUUACUGAUAAAACAUCUUCAGAAAGACAAUAUAUACAAAAUAUUAUUCCACUAUGCAGCAGAAAAUAAAGGCUACCAUCAGUUCAGCUGGUUCUUCACACAAACCUUACAGCUACAUCU